AUGCCGUCCGAAUCCAAAUUUAGCAGGGAAAUAUCCAAAAGCAGUAAGUCAGGCUUCUGGUCCGCUUUAAACUUCCACAUCCCCAGGUUUCAUUGCGAACAUACAGUGAUCUCAAAAACAGUUUUAACCGGACCGUCUCCAUCUCCAGCCCGGUCCGUGGCCGUGUUCGAUGUGACCUACACAAACAAGGGGGGAACGAGAUUGAUGAGGUUUUUAAACAUUCUUAGCGGUGCGCAGGUGUUGGUAACGGUAACGGUAGCGGUAGCGGCCCGCUCCCGCAUCCUUCUCGCAUAA